AUGUCCAUCACUUGCGUAGAUCUUCAUAGAACCUCGCCGGUCCUUCCGGCCUCACUCGUUGACCAGUUCCCACCAGGAGCAAGGCUAAUGUCAAGCAGCUCCAAGCGAAAACGACAGGCUGAUGGCGAUCUACUCAAACCAGAAAAGCGUGUUGCCGUCAGAAGAAGGACGCCUUCACCAGCUCCGACGACGCUGCCGAGGUCUGGCCCUUGGAGUUCCAAGCUGAUCAUCGUCCUCGUGGGACUACCAGCUCGUGGCAAAAGCUACAUCGCACGCAAGCUGUGCCGGUAUCUCAACUGGCUACAGUAUGACACGAAGAUAUUCAACGUCGGCAACAAGCGAAGAGCUUUGAACAAUUUAUAUGCAGGGGCCCAGGAGCAUUCCGCCAGCUUCUUCGACCCAAGCGACCCAAAGGCUUCAAAGAUCAGGGAAGUCGCUGCGAUGGGCACUUUAGAAGAGCUGCUUGAUUUCUUGCUGCUGGAGGGGGGCUCGGUAGCGUUAUUCGAUGCUACGAACACGACUGUGCCCCGACGGCGGACUGUCGUCGAUCGAGUGAGGCAGAGAGCUGGAGACGAGAUUGAUGUCCUUUUCUUGGAGAGCCAGUGUUUCGAUGAAGACCUCCUUGAAUCCAACAUGAGACUCAAGCUUUCAGGGCCAGACUACAAGGGCCACAACCCCAUUGCAUCGCUAGCAGAUUUCAAAGAGCGAGUGGUGAUGUACUCCAAGAAGUACGUUCCGCUCGGCAGUGCGGAGGAGGCCCUUGGAUGGUCCUUCUGCAAGAUGAUCGAUGUCGGCCGGAAGUUCGUGAUGCACAACAUCCAGGGCUACCUGGCGUUCAAGACCGUCCAGUAUAUCCAGAAUUUUCACCUACAGCCGCGCCAAAUAUGGCUGACACGGAGAGGGGAAUCUCAAGAUGACGAAUUCGGUGAGGACACCGCCGACCCUCACCUGAGCGACCACGGUCGGAAGUAUGCGACUGCUUUAACCGCUUUCAUCGAUAAACACAGAAUAAUGUGGCGCGAUCAGAGAACUUCAACGUUACGUACGAGCCACAGCGACGGAAAACAAAACAUCGCGAGCCAGUGCACUUCUCCCAACUUCCAGGUCUGGGCCUCGCGGGCAGUGCGCAGUCGAGAAACCUCCAGUGGGUUCUCACAGCCCCAAUACCUAGUAAAGCACCUGCACAUGCUGGACUCAUUCAGCCCUUCUCAGGAUAACAGCAGCAGCAAGAGUGAGACCCAGAACCAAGACGCCAGCACGCAACCUCCUGCAUUCGCCCACGAAGAGAGCCACAGUGAAAUCGCUCACCGCAUCCAGUGGACAAUCCUAGAGCUCGAAAGACUACACGACCAUGUGCUUUUAAUCGCUGGUGUCGCUGUCCUUCGUGUGCUGCUUGCGUACUUUCGCGAUCUGAGCGAGACACCCGCCCUGGUGAAGCGAGAUAUCCCGCUGCACACCCUUUACCUCCUUGAACCGGUGAGUUUUGGGAUUUUCUUGGCAUGA